AUGUUCAGUGGCAUCCAACACGUCCCAUUAUACUAUCAGUGGCCAAUGGUCUUUGCAUUUGCGCCAGAAUUUACGGAACUUGAAGAAAAUGUGAAAUAUGUUGAGAAAGAGUCGGAAUUUGAUUUGGAAGACGAAGAUGCUGAUGAACCAACUCCGCAAACAUCUAAGCCGAGCGCUGUGUACUGCAGUUCAGAUGAAGAAGAUGAUUACAGUUUGUACGUUACUGAUUUGACAUGCAAAAGGGGCCCAUUGUGGUUUUUGCCGAUAUCGCCCGAAAUCGAAAAUCCCGAAGAAAACCCAGCUACCCUGUUAACAGGUUCGUAA